AUGUCCAACCCAUCGCACAUUCUGAUAGCGAGGAACUCUCGUGGCGCCAACAACCCUCAGCUGAGCUCGCCAAUCGAAACGCGCGCGGCUGCGUCCGGAAUCUUUCGCUCCAGCGCCGGCUCACCACCAGGACGAUGGCUGCUCGAAGAGAUGUCCGACUCCGCGGAAGGCAGCGCGUCGAGCGCCGCACCGCCCGACGAGUCGGACGGGGAAGAGGACUCGAUCGCCGUCGACGAGACGUUCAGCAAGUUCCACAAGUUCCCCGGCACGGUCAAGAUCGUCGUCGAGAGCACCACGUUCUGGGCCCACAAGGAGGUGCUGUACUUCGCCAGCCCCUUCUUCGAGGCCGCACUCAGCGGCUCCUGGUCGGAGACGGGGGAUAAGACGAAGCGACGAUCCAUGUCUUCGGUCAUCACGAUAGCCCGUCCUCGGAGCCACUCCCAGUCUGGUGCUCUCGAUCCGGCCUCCAACACGAAUAAGGGCCAGGCACGCUCUGAAACAACGUACCUUCCUACUAGCGAGGCAGGAUCUGAAGCUGAAGAAACCGAUGCUGAUCUCGAAUUCAUCAACUCCGAACAAGACGCCCAGGAUUUAGGCCGAGGGGAAGGGAGCAGUACUGGCCUCUCACAAAGACAAUGGGAGAAAGCUCGCCAGAAACUCGAAGGAAGCAAUGUAGCGGAGAAGGCAGACGACAGCAAGAACGAUGUGUCACCUCCUAUAGUCAAACUGCCGCCAGGGGCGAGUCCCGCCCACGCGAAGAUUAAGCGCAAGGAUUCUGAAGGCCUGACCGCAUGCAUCGUGCUCAAAGAAGAGAGGGCAUCCACUUUCCACGAUUUUCUCAAGUGGAUUUACCCCAACCUCCAAUGCACGAUUACAUGGGCCAACGUUGAAGGUCUCCUCAAUAUCUCGCACAAGCUGUGCGUACCUGAACUGACCAAGGAGUGCAAUCACUUCCUCCUCACCUAUGCUGCUGGUCACCCAAUCAAGGCUAUGCGCAUUGCAGAGCUAUUCGACGAAGCAGACAUAUACUGUGAAGCAAGUCGCUUCGUUCUUGACAAUCCUGGCGGCUGGAACGACGCCGAGAUGGGCACCCUGAGUCGUGAAACGCUGUUAAAGCUCGAGAAAAGGAGAACAUGGUUCCUUGAGCGAGUUCUCAAGCUUGGGCUAGUGCAAAUGGCGAGGGAUUAUCAAUGCUGUCCUACAUGCCCAGACCCGCCCACUUGUGCACGGUUGGUGGAGGAAAAGUGGCGGCAGUGCUACCAUCAAAUAUUCCGUUACGGUCCCUGCCAACCGUCCAUGGUGUUCCGAUACUGUCGAAAUUUGGAGGCCAACCCCCCUCUAAGUUUAACCAAUCUUAACUGUCAAAACCACGCCAAGACCUUCGUCGCUGCCCUGUUUGACAGAAUGUUCUCUCUCGGAAUGCGCGGAGUGGGUACUGACGCGGCGCCUAUCGGCACCCGGGUUGCGUCCGCGGCUUCAGGCCCUCGGAGACAUUUCCUCUUUUGCAAUCUCAAGGCUGAAUCCAACCCUCGCAUGAAGAAGCUACGGCACACGUCCUGAAAUGCAGCUCGGACUUUCGCGCCAUGCUCCACGACCUCAUCCAUCUCGUACUGCGCGGUCAUAUACCAGACAUAUCUAUACCCCAUAGACCAUCGCGUACGGAGUGUACCAAAUACAAAUGUAAACUACAGUUCGAUUGUGCGUGGUAUCCUCGAAUGCAUGCUGUUCCC